AAGAUUAUCUUACUUCUUUUAUUUUAUUAAAGAGGUAAUUUAAAAUCGGAUUGUGAAUUAGAUGAUACUACGCCGAGGACCACCCAUCUAAAACAGCGCUAAUGGCUUCUAAAGAACAUGGAAGAAUGAGAACUUAUCAAAUGUUAUAAAGAAUACAUAUAGGACCUUGAAUUAUAGAUUUUUUUCGAUGAUGGAUGAAAUUGGGUAUAAUAAUACACAAUAUGUUAUUAAUUCAUCACAAAAUCUAACAAUCUAUAAUGAUACGUUGUUUAAUUUAACUACUAAAGCUUUUAUGUAUAUCAUCCUAAUUAUCUAUCAUACAAUGCUCUCAAAUUGCACAACAUUGUAGUACUUACCUAAUCUUGUUAUCAAUGUUAAAGUAGCAGGUAAAUAUAGCGAACAUUGUCACAAUGACGAGAUGGCCUUAACAAAUAGAUGUUUUCUUAACUAUGACUUGAUAUCUUUUAUCAUUUGUUAUUUGAAGUUUGUAAAACUAACACCACAAUGAAAGUCGAAAACAGUAAAAGUAAAUUAAAUCAAAAUAAUGAUCCUCUUCCAGAGAAAAUUGAAGAAGCAAUAAAGAAAAUAAUUAAAAAAGAAGGCUACACAAAUUAUAAACUGAAAACUAAAGCCAUAUCUACUGGUGGUGGUAACUAUUUUGGAUCUCUGUAUGAGGUUGAUGUUGUUGGAGUAACUAAAGAUGGUGAGAAAGUAACAAAUAUAUUUGUUAAAGGGAUUAUCCCCGCAGAUCGUCUUACAGCUGUGUCAGUCACUGGAAUGUUCAAUAUGGAAUUAUUCUUUUACAACGAUUUAGCAGUUGUACUUAAUGACAUACAGAAUGAAGCUGAUGUACCUAUAAAAGAAAGAUACAAUAUCGCUAAGUCAUUUCAAGAAAGUAUACCGGAAGCGAUUAUUCUGGUCAAUUUGGCAAAGAAAAAAUACAAAACAUUGAGCAGAUUUGACGUGCUUCCUAUAAAUUUUGCAGAACUGUGUGUCAAACAAUUAGGGAAGCUGCACGCGUUGUCUUUUGCUUUGGAAAAUAAACGCCCAGAUUAUUUUGAUCAAAACAUCAAGACAAUACCUUGCCCAUAUAAUUUUAACGAAGAUUUUAAAGGUUUACUCAAAAAUUCUUCAAAAGCACUUUCUGCAUGUUUAGAUGGUGAUGCCCAAAAGAGGUUUAAUGCAUUUCUGCCAAAGUUGUGGGUAAAAAGUCAGGAAUAUUAUUUAGAUCAGAAAUACAAGAGAACAUUAAUACAUAAUGACUACAGGGCCAACAAUAUAUUGCUGAAAGAGAUUGAUGGUGAAAUCGUUGACAUCAUACCAGUGGAUUACCAGCUGAUGCACUACGGCUGUCCACUUCUCGACUUCUUCUUCCUCAUUUUCCUUGGUACAGACCAACAGUUCAGAAAAGACCACUUGGAAGACCUCAAGGACAUUUACUUCGACUCUUUAACAAAAAUGCUUCAAUAUUUUGAUAUCGACGUUAAAUCUGUAUUUCCUAGAGAUGAUUUUGAGAAUUUGUAUAAUGAGACGUUAGGUUACGGUCUGCAAUGUUUUAUUCAGCUUAUGCCAUUCAUUUUUGCUACUGAAAAUGAGUUGCCUGAUCUGGAUAAAGAUUACCAAGGUGAAGUUAGUAUUAAGACUGAUCCUAGAAUGAAUGAGAGGGCUAGAGGGAUAGUAGAUGAUUUUAUUCGAUGGGGUGUAUUGUAAAUGAAUAAAGUGAAUUUUAGUUUUAUUUCUAUUGAGUUUAAGAUAUAGCAAAAAUAAAAUAAAGUUAUCGAAGCUUAAUGUAGGUAAGUAAAAUGUGAUUUUCUGUUUCGAUACAAAAAGAGUCAGCAGGGUAGGGUCCGGUUUAUGGUUUUAAUUUACUUCACAAAUAUGCUCUUGUUUAAAGUAUGUCAAUCAAUCCAACAUACAUAGAGAUACCUUGCCAGAUAUCUUACUCUUCUAACUAAAAUUGCACUAUAGUCAUUCUGCUAGCCCAGAAUCAGACUUGCACGGCGGCUACACUAGCCAUGUCUGAUUAAUGACAAUUUGAUUGUCUUAAACACGCACUUCCUAACAAACAUGUUGAUUGUAUCUAGUUACGGUAGAUUACCGAGCUAAUAUUGCGACCAUUGUUCCACUAAUAAGUACUAAUAACGUAUCCGAUGACUCGAACAAUACAAACAUAUUUAACAGUAUACUCUAUCCUAUAAAUGAACAUUUGCUGUCUGAAUAUCCUGGGACUCACAUCGAAAUGGAGGUAAAACCUUGUAAUUGUGGGGAUAUCGAUCAACUUCCUGUAAAAGUUGCAGAAGCAAUAAGAAAGAUAGUGAAUAAAGAA